AUGAAGCCAACAGAAAGACCAGAACUAGGAAACCAUACUCUUCUGACAGAAUUUGUCCUCUCUGGAUUGUCCAACCACCCAGAACUGCAGAACUUGCUGUUCUUCACAUUCUGCUUGAUUUACACCUUCACCAUCACUGGAAAUCUUCUCUUCUUCAUUGCCACAGUGCAUCCCAACCUCCACAUGCCCAUGUACUUCUUCCUACGGGUCUUAUCCUUCCUGGAUGUUUCUACUGCAUCUAUUGUUGUUCCCAAGAUGUUAGUAAACUUCCUGUCAGAGGAGAGGAGAAUUUCCUACGUGGGCUGUGCCACACAACUCUACUUUGUGAUUUUCUUAGGAGCUACCGAAUGCUACCUGUUGGCAGCCAUGGCCUAUGACCGCUAUGUGGCCAUAUGCAACCCCCUUAGAUAUGCAAUCAUCAUGAACAGCAGAGCUUGUUUUUCCCUAGUCCUGCUGUCAUGUGCUAGUGGUACUGUUGUGUCUGUGGUGCAGACAGUUUGGGUGUUCACAUUGCCAUUUUGUGGGCCCAACAAGAUUAACUACUUCUUCUGUGAUAUUCCCCCACUCAUUAUGCUCUCCUGCACUGACACCUCCUUCUAUGAGGAGCAGAUAAUUACAGCCACAGUGCUGGUCAUCUUUACACCAUUUUGUCUCAUCCUGGUAUCCUAUGCCUGCAUCAUUGCCAGCAUUCUGAAGAUUUCCUCUGCAGAGGGAAGAUGCAAGACUUUCUCCACCUGUUUUUCACACCUUAUUGUUGUAACACUAUAUUAUGGUAGUGGGACCUUGAUUUACUUACGGCCCAAGUCCAGUAAUUCACAAGACACUAAGAAAAUCAUAGCUCUCUUUUACACAGCCAUAAUUCCUACAUUAAACCCCUUGAUUUACAGCCUGAGGAACAAAGAAGUGAAAGGAGCACUAGUCAAAAUUAUAGCUGAGCUGAGGAAGAUAUAA